GGCUAUCAUCAUAUAUACUGUUAUAGAAGUUCAGCGGAAUGACAUAACAAACACCAUCUUAUAUUAUAACAGUGAUUUUUUCAGUUGGAUUUGAGCUAGAUAUUAUAUAAGACGUACGAUCAACCUACUGCGCGCUAAAAGAACGAUAUGAUUCUUUCGAUGCUAUGGCCAUAUAGACAUUGUUCGUUGUGUUUCUUUAUCUUUAUACAUCUGAUUUUUCUUUUUUCCAUCAUCAACUUCUGUAAAGCCAGAACUUCCGCUCGAUCUACCAUUCGUUUUAAUCGAUUAAAUGACCCAUUAUUAUGACACCGUUGCAUUUUUUUCACGCCAUUUACUAUCGUAGUCAUAAGUACGCGCAGUCAUCUGUGUGGUACGCUACCCUCGAUAGUGACAUUUCCAAAUAAAUUCUAAUUAUCUUUCAAUACUUACACGCAUUAGUUAUGCACUAUUGAGUGCGGUGGUCCAUCACUGCUCGUACGCUUACUCAAGAAAAGUCUUUUUUGUGUCGUACAGUUGAAAUAUAUAAAUACCUUAAUAAAAAGACAUUGAUCCUCUUACUGAUUUCUACUACUUUUACGUUUGUUGUUCGAUGACUUGUUCACUGAUCCAAAGAGCCGUAUGUUUGUUGGCGUAUAGCUCCUCUUUUUGUCCGGAUCUGACUCAGCAUCAGAAUGCCCCCAUCUUGUUCGCGGUAGCGCCCGAAGGCCUUUUUGUUGUUGUUUCAUCGUCGUACGUCUAGAUCAUUUCCCGCAAGUGAGAACGCUUUUGAGAUGAAGACGAUGCACUCACACACAUCUGCGCGGCCGACCGUAACGGUCGUAUGAAGCGGGUGAGUCGUCAGUAGGUACUCAGGCUGGCUGCACUAGCGGUACGUGUACCCAACAGCAGAAUCGUGGCUGUUGCCCUGUAGCUUUAGCCGCACGCCGACACAACUGACGGCGUUUUGCUGUGCCGACGCUUACAGUUUCUCAUGGGCGGCGUCCGUGGUCGGUUACUCUCGUGCUGUACCGUUACGUCACUAACGAUAGGAACGGAGAUGGCACAGGUAACACAGCCAACGUUAACGACAACAACGGUGACAAGACGAUCGCUUCCCUUCCAGAAUAUCAGGAGGUGGCGAGGGAUUCUAGAAGAGGGAGAACAGGCUACCGCUGCGACGAGCCGGCGUUGUAAUAGAGCCUAUCAACCAACAGUAGCAUCUUCACCGCGACCAGCCAUUGGCCCACGCCUAAAACACAUUUCACAAGUACGCCGGUGCUCCAGUCGCGCUUGGAACCAGCCAAACGGUCUGGCGCUAGAAUUCUGAGGCUGUGUAUAUUUAUUCAGUAGUAAUUGCAGGUUGAUUCGAACUAGAGAACGAAUGACGUCUAGUUGACGUUAGACUUCUAAUUGGAGACAUUAGAAAAGCGCAUCGCACACCCACCGUCUAGGACGCUAGUAAAACACAACCGGUAUAAAUAGUGCGUUCGUGGCAAGAAGUUUCUAACUUCUGUCGUUCGGGGGUUUAGUCGAAACGGCGAAUUUACUACGUACAACAACAUAAUGACAGAUAUCGAUAAACUUUCCGACCACUAAUCAGACCUUGUGACGUGCUUUAAAAACACAGAAGGACAGGUCCGCCGUUAAAUUGUCUAGUUAUUUAUAGAAGGCAGGAAAACAUCGCCAAAAGUAAAGAAACAACAGAAAAAACCGAAGUGGAAAAAAUCUGCUUGGAAGAGUUCAGACAGAUGUACACGCCGAUUACAGAGAUAUCGAAAUAUAAUGCAUCGGUAAUUGGACGUUCGCGAUAUAACCCGUUAUUCUAACGGCUGGUCGGGCGGAUUGCCCGUCAGGGUUGUCCGGAAUUUGCGGUUGUCAAUUAGCUAUGCGGCUUCAGCGGCGAUGGCGGCUUGCGCCUUCUUCAACCCGAACCGUUUCCGCGGCUUUAAUCGCCUUUACGCUACUGAUUGAUGCGACGGCAAUUAUUGCCUAUGAUCCAUACGACUAUCGAGAGGAAUACAACCUCGCCAAUGUCGAACCUGAACCAGAGGUGUUCAUCACGCUUUCAGCGGCUGUCGUGAAGAGCCGCGGAGGUCUGGCGGAACGGCGAAUUCAGCUGAAUUGGUUUAAUAUCGACGUGCGACACGCUAGCUCAAGGCACAGUCUAGGUCACAACCACACGCUCUACCUCCUGCGAAGGCCGGCGGGUUUAUUUAGAAUAGAUGAGGACGCCGUAUUUAAGCGAGAUAUUGGCCUGCAAAGCGAUGGACAGAUCACUACCCACAUCAACUUUCCCAGGGUCAUCUUCAAUAAGACGCAUCUUCACGACGAGUGCCUGGAUUACUGGGUAGCGCUAGUACGUCGCGAGCAGCUUCCGAGCGGCGGUCGUCAGCGAACCAUGGUUGCCCACGGGUGCUUCCGAGCCCAGCCGUACUGGAUGUGGAAAAAUAGGCAAAUGCUUAAGCACCUCACCCUACGACAGAUGAUGAUACCGGGAACGCACAAUUCGGGCAUGUAUUCCUUCUAUAACCCUCGAGCAAUUAGGGUCGUCGCCGACUUUAAGUAUACGCAGGAAGAGGACAUCUUUAAUCAACUCGCUUAUGGGAUUCGUUGUCUUGACCUUCGAGUUUCGGCCUCUGGAUCAACGCACAGCCCGAAAUAUAAAAUAGCUCACGAUGUCCUCUCCGGCGAUGCCAGCGUUCUCGAGGUCCUACGACAGGUUAAAGAUUUCGUCGAGGUCACUAACGAAAUUGUGAUUUUGGACCUGCAUCGCUUUCCCAACGGAUUCGAUAAUGAGGCUGCGCAUCAGCGCUUUAUCGACUUUUUGCGCCAUGAACUUGGCGAUCUGAUCAUUCCGUAUAACACCGCACUCGACAGGUCCUUGCAACAUAUCUGGAGCAGCGAUGGUAGAGGCCGAAUUGUAGUAUGCUACAAUGCGCGACUUCUCACGGUAAACUCAUCUCUUCACCUCGGGGUUCGCCACCUUUGGGCGGAUACUAAUCUACCCAAUACUUUGAAGUCCUACUUCGAUAGAAAGGUAUGUGAGGCUGAAAAGUAUGGCCUAUAUUAUUUCCACGCUGCCAUGGCCGAGCUGACGCCAACGGUCGUGAAUAUCAUCUUUGAGGGUCACAAGGGCGGCUUGCGUAAGAUGGCCGACGAAACAAACCCACUUGUGGCUCGAUGGUUCCGACGUGAGUAUCGAACCUGCGCCAACAUUGUUGCUACCGACUUUUUCCUCGGGGCCGACAUCGUCAGCGUCGCCAUCCAGAGCAAUAUCGAGCGGUCAAAACUGUAUCGUAUAAAUUAGUUAGCUUUGACACCAUAUGUCUGCGCAGUGUCCCGUACUUUGGCCUGGUACGCUUAUGUGCGUCUGUGUGUGUACGUCUAAACGUCUUACGUGCGCGUUUAUUCUGUGUAUAUGAUAUGUAAUUCAGAGAUACUUGAAAACGAAUGAAAACGUAACAGCAAAAUGUUUGUCGUCCACAAAUUAAAUGAUUUGGAUUAUGUAAACUGUAUAUAAUUAUUCUAAAGUGUAAAAAAUCAUUCUAAAAAAAAAAGUUACCGUUGAUAUAUCUAGGCUUUGCUGGAGGACGUGAACCAUACAGAUUACGACAAGAAUACAAAGCUAACCGCAGCGAAGAGGUACCGUGAUAGGUAGAACAUCGUCUACAUUGUAUAUAUAUAUGUAAAUAACAAGCAGACAAACCAAAAGGAUCUAGCAGAAGGGUCUGCUGGAUUCUUAAACAUGAAAUAAAAUCUUA